AGCCCGAGGCACCAGACCGGACUGGGUAUGAACUGCCUUCUGAGUCCAAAGUACAGACACUCUGGACCGGGUCUCACCAGCCCUCAGGAGUACAACCAGUGGCUUCCUUACCGCCACGACGCCAGUUUACUGCCCAUGAAAGAAGACCUGGCCAACUGGCUCAACACCAUGAUGGGUGUGGAGCUCUCAGCAGACAGUCUGAUGGAGAGGUUAGAUAACGGCGUUCUCCUCUGUCGGAUGGCACAGCUGCUCCAGGAGGAGAUGAUCCACGGCAACAGUGGCAAGCCCUUUGUUAGGAGAGUGAUCCACUGGCGAGCCGAUGCAACCUCGGGAUCAUUUUUCGCCCGGGACAACACAGCCAACUUCCUUUACUGGUGUCGAAAGAUUGGCGUUGAUGAGGCUUACCUGUUUGAGUCAGAGGAUUUGGUCCUCCACAAGCAGCCCCGCGAGGUGUGUCUGUGCCUGAUGGAGCUGGGACGGAUCGCAGCCAGGUACGGAGUGGAGCCUCCAGGUCUGGUGAAGCUGGAGAGGGAGAUAGAGAGGGAGGAGAGGGGCUGCUUAUCUCCAUCGUCCCCUCUGCCCUUCUUCUUUUUUCCUACUACAUUGUUGUAUUCACCAUCCCAGUCAUCCCUGCCCUCGGCCCCCUCUCCUCCUCCUCCUCCUCCUCCUCCUCCUCCUCCUCCUCCACCUGCGCCACUCACUCAAACCACGACCUGUCUGUCUGAACCACUCGCCGCAUCCCUCGCCUCUGAUCUUCCAUCAACAAACCCGGGGCCUACGUGUUCAUCCCCCCCUCCGCCCUGCACCUCAGCCUCUCUCCCUUGUACAACCACAGCCUCAACACAAACACCUUUGUUCUCUUCAUCCCGCUCCACCAACGCACCUGCUUCGGCGCCGCUGUCAGCGCCCUCGCCAGGACAAACCCUGCCGCCCAGCGCCAAAGCUACAGUAAACAACCACACUCCAACAGCGACGCCCCCCAUCAGCUCGCCACCUGCAGCCCCGACCCCUCGAUCCUCUGGCAAAUCCAUGUGCAGGAGGAGCGCAGGCACCAACAACAUAUUGGAUGAUAUUGUGAGGAACAUUAUUGAGAAUCCGCCCUGCAGCUGUCCGACCAGGUUCCUGGUUGAGAAGCAACCUAAAGGCUGCUACCGCAUUGGAGAAAAAAUUCUGUAUAUACGUAUGCUGAAUGAGCGUCAUGUGAUGGUGCGUGUAGGCGGCGGCUGGGAGACCUUUCUAAGUUACCUGCAGAAACACGACCCCUGCAGAGGAGGACCGGCCGGCAGGUCUGAGGUCAGGGCCUGUCGGUACAAGGCCAAGUCGCCCAGUUUGAACAUCUCACCUGACAGCUACAUGGUGGUCGGCGCCCAUUACCGCAGCAAGAAGUAGACUCUGGAGGUGUGACGGUGAAAA